CGUACACCUAGCCUGCUAGCUAGCUAACAUUUUGCUAUAAGCUGUAUAUAUUUAUAAGCUUUUUAAAGGUAUUUGCUAAAGAUAAAUAUUUGAAUAAGAUAUAAUGUCAGACUGUCAGACUAUUAGGUAGUAUAAUAUAAUUUAUUGUAUCAGUUUGAAAGAUUUUAGACUUCUGUUAGCUUAGCUACAUUAGCCUAGCUAGCCGGUGUUUGUUUAGUCAAUAGUAAUGGCUGCUGCUGUCCUGCUAGUAGGAGUCAACCGGGCUGUGAGAGUUCAGCUACAGAAGCUGAUAUGGACCAGAGGAGCAGUCAGACAUGCAUCUGUGGGGAGGAUAGAGAAAGUCCUCAUCGCUAACCGAGGCGAGAUAGCAUGCAGAGUGAUGCGCACUGCAAAAAAGAUGGGCGUUCGUUCUGUGGCUGUGUAUAGUGAUGCUGACAAACACUCCAUGCAUGUGGCAAUGGCAGAUGAAGCAUACCAUAUUGGAGCAGCACCAGCACAACAGAGUUAUUUAUGCAUGGAGAAAGUCUUAGAAGUUGCAAAGAAAUCCUCUGCACAGGCUGUCCACCCCGGAUAUGGGUUUCUGUCUGAGAACACGGAGUUUGCUGAACUCUGCAAACAGGAGGGCAUCAUCUUCAUCGGGCCUCCCUCAUCAGCGAUUCGUGAUAUGGGCAUCAAGAGUACAUCCAAGCACAUAAUGUCUGCUGCGGGUGUUCCCAUCAUUGAGGGUUACCAUGGAGAGGACCAAUCAGACGAGAAGCUUCAAGCUGAAGCAGCCAGGAUUGGUUAUCCUGUUAUGAUCAAAGCUGUACGAGGUGGAGGUGGGAAGGGAAUGCGUAUUGCUCGCUCCGAAGCAGAGUUUCAUGAGCAGCUGGAAUCUGCCAGAAGAGAAGCUCUCAAAUCAUUCAACGAUGAUGUCAUGCUGGUGGAGAAGUUUGUGGACAACCCCAGGCAUGUGGAAGUGCAGGUGUUUGGGGAUCAACAUGGUAAUGCUGUGUACCUGUUUGAGAGAGACUGCAGUGUGCAGAGGAGACACCAGAAGAUCAUAGAAGAAGCACCAGGGCCUGGUAUUAGUCCUGAAGUGAGGCGUAAACUAGGAGAAGCCGCAGUCCGGGCAGCUAAAGCAGUAAACUAUGUGGGAGCAGGAACUGUGGAGUUCAUCAUGGACCCUCAGCACAAUUUCUACUUCAUGGAGAUGAACACUCGUUUGCAGGUGGAGCAUCCUGUGUCUGAGAUGAUCACUGGAACAGACCUGGUGGAGUGGCAGCUCAGGGUGGCUGCUGGAGAGAAGCUUCCUCUCUCUCAGGAUGAGAUUGAGCUGCGAGGUCACUCGUUUGAGGCUCGAAUCUAUGCUGAAGACCCCAAUAACAACUUCAUGCCUGGAGCUGGACCCCUGCUGCACCUUUCCACACCACAGGAGGAGACGCACACAAGAAUCGAGACUGGAGUACGACAAGGAGAUGAGGUUUCAGCUCAUUAUGACCCCAUGAUUGCUAAGCUGGUUGUUUGGGGAGAGGAUCGUUCAGCUGCUCUGAAGAAACUACGCUACUGCUUACGGAAUUACAAUAUUGUGGGUCUCAACACCAACAUUGAUUUCCUGUUAAGUCUUUCGGGUCAUGCAGAGUUUGAGAUGGGAAAUGUUCACACCAGCUUCAUCCAGCAGCACUACGAUGAGCUGUUUCCCAAACCGACUGCACCGGGAGGAGAUGUGGUGUGUCAGGCUGCUCUUGGGCUUCUGCUACAGGAGAGACAACACACACAGGAGUUUCUGUGCAAGUCACAUGACGUCUUUUCUCCGUUUGGCUUGAGUACCGGGAGCCGGCUCAAUGUGCUCUACUGCAGGAACCUGACACUACAGCUGGGGGAAAACAAAGUUGCAGUAGCUGUGACCUACAAUCCUGACAGGACAUACAGCAUGGAGACUGGCGGCCAGGUGUUCCAGGUGUCAGGUGAGCUACAGAAAGUGGACGGAGUCACAUACCUGCACUGCUGUGUUAAUGGAGUUCUUUCACGACCCAAACUCGUCAUACUGGACAACGUGGUUCAUCUCUUCUCCAUGGAAGGCAGUGCGGAGAUGAAAGUGCCAGUACCGAAAUUCUUGGCAGGUGUGAGUUCUUCUGGGGCACAAGGUGGCGCUGUAGCUCCCAUGACUGGAACUAUAGAGAAGGUCCUUGUGAAGGUUGGCGACACUGUACAGAAGGGAGAUCCACUAGUGGUGAUGAUUGCGAUGAAGAUGGAACACACAAUCAGAGCUCCUAAAGCAGGGGUCAUUAAGAAGGUCCUGUUUAAAGAAGGUUCACAGGCUAAUCGUCAUGCAGCCCUGGUGGAAAUGGAGGAGGAGGAACAGGAAGAAACGGGACAAUCUUGAACAGAGAGCGAGCGUUUUACUGCUAAACUUGACACAUGCAGUCAUCAGUGCAACUCAAUUUCUUCAGUGCUGUAACGUGACCCAAUAUCUGUGUUUAAUUAACUCUCAUAAAGUAGUGUUAGUUACUGUUCACUCAGAGAUCAUGAUUUUGUAAUAAUUUAACUUAUAAGUUCAACACUAAAAAAAAAAACAACUCCUCUGCACAAACCUUCUGUUCAUAGAUGUAAGUUCUUUUUUCUUUUGGUGUUUUUCCACCUGGGAGGUACCAUUUUGAAGCUUUUCCCUUCCCUUAUCUUUUGUUGCUAUUCCCCCAAACAACAAAAAAAAUCCUUUCAAACAAUAAGUGUAUUACAUAAUUGGGAUUUCAUUUUCUCUCCCUUUUCUAAAUAAUAAAAAAAUAUUUUAUUGCA